UUCGCGGCCUCAAGAUUCGGAGUCAAAUGACAGUCUCGGAGUCGACGAAGCUCAUCACCAGCUGGAGAAUUCCGGAGAUCGGGGAGUCUAACAGCCGGCAGGAACCGCCAUUGAAGGAAAUGGGGAGUAGGUUUUGUGAACUGAAUCAAUGAGGUAGUAGAAGGAUUCGGAGAGCAACCCUAACUUCUAGAGAGAGAGAGUAGCU